UAAUUAAUAUCCCUCAUUCAUUUCUUCUAUUCCCUUCAUACAUUACCGUCUCCUGGAUUCCGGUUUCGGUUUCCACACUCCCCGCAUUUAUCGCGGCCUCCACAUACCCCAGCGGUCCUUCCUUAUCUUCUUCUUUACAUGCUGCGUCAUCGGCGCCAUUUUGUGUGAGAGCUCAGCCGUUGAGCUCUCGCGAUAUCUCGCGUCAGUGUGGUCCUCACCUGACGUGAGAGGCGGGAAUCCUGUCACUCGUCAGAGAGACAGCAUCCCGCCCAGUCACGCUCGCAAACGCGCUCUGCACUUAUAGUCCUAAAAUUGUUACUUACUAUCUGGUUUGCCUAAAAUAUUCUAAAAUUUUCUUCCCUUAGCCUGUGCUACCACCCAGUGGUGAUUUGUUGUUACUACAGCCCCAAAAAUUUCCUACUAUAUUUGUGGUUGGCAUAUUUUCCUUAAUAACACUAUUUAAUGUUAAUUUAAUAGUUAAUAUUAAUUAAUUAUUUAGAUUAAUUAACUACUCAUUUAGUAUAUACUCAUUUAUAUACACAUAAACACUUCAUUUUCCUAAAUAGUGCUCUACCUUAAUUUAUACCAAUUGUACAAUGUCUGAGGGAUCGACAGCCAGAGAUUUACAUGCCCAAUCUGCCAUGACUGAUCUCAUGAAUAAAGAGACCGUACAGUCUAUGAUUGACGAGUCGGUGGCUCGAUCAGUCCACUCGGCAGUUCAUUCCGCAGUUCAAUCUGCGGUUACGGUAUUACAGGACAGUGUGUCCAAAUCUAUUUCUAUGGCCUUAUCACAUCCAGGCCCAUCUCCUCUGGCCAGACCCUGUACCCCAUCUGACCAAUAUUGGUCCCCUGUGGACUCUGUGUCCAAAUUGGCUAAGGGGUUUCAUAUACCUAAGAAGGCUACUGGCAAGAGGCAUCACCUCGAGGACGGCAAUGCUCCCUUUAAAAAGAUCUCCAAAGGGACUAGCCAAGAACCUAAAAAAUCUAAAUUUAUUGACUUGAGUCAACCAACUAGUGCUGUUCAAAGGCACGCCAUACCCUCCGCCCAAGAGGAAGAUUCAUCUAACAGGGCUCAGAAAGCCGCUAUGCGGCGCAAGCCAGAUUCCUUCAUAGAAGUUGAUUCUGGAGAUUCUUCGGACUCUCAGGAGGAUGGUGAUGAGGUAUCUCACCAGGAUGAUCAUUUCUCUGAAGAGAGUGGUGAGGUCAUUGAUGACGAUGAGGCUCAGGAUAAUGUUACGUUCCCUGACAAUGAUCAAUCCUAUUUUGAUCCGGCACUCAUCCGCCACCCCAGAUCAGGAGAGUGGCUUCCCACCCCUGAAAUAGCAAAAUUUAUAUCUACUAGAACUUUUAAAAGUCUUGACAAGAAUACACGAAACAAACUUAAGGCGGAAUGCCCGAGGCCAUCCCUACCUCAUAACUCUAAUAUUACCCCAGAAUUGGAUCCUAUCCUUUCAAAAUUCCUUUCUAAAGGAAAUAAAAACCCUAAAAAAGGAUUGGAUAGGAGUUUCAGAUCAUGCCAAGAUAAACUAAUGGACCUUUUGGGGCCAUUGUCAAAGAUGCUGGAUCUAGCCCACUCAGCCGUUACGAACCAGACCCCGUUGAAUUCUGAGGUAAUGCUGGGCUGGCUACAACGUGCAACGUGCAUUUUUGGGAACGCUAAUGCAGCUCUGUCUGCAGAACGCAAGCGUUCAAUUCUUAUUAAAAUAGACCCCCAGCUUACAAACUUGGCAACCAAUGACCCCCAACACCCUACUGAGGGUAUGUUAUUUGGGGAGGAAUUCAUCCAUGAAAUGGGAAAAUACGUGGGUUUAUUUUCCUCUAUUAAUAAGGCGCAAACCAAUAUCAAAAAAGUUUUCGCGCAGAGAGUUUUUGGUAGGGCCGGGAAAGGCAGGAGUCGCUUCCCCGGCCGCUCCAACCCAUCCCGAAGAGGCUCCUACCAACCCAAUACCUCAUAUGCAGUCCAAUCUGCUAAUGCCAACCCAUUCUUCCCUUAUCGAGCAAGACCAUGGCGUCCCAGAGGGAAUCGAGGAGUACCCCGAGCAAGAACUUCUUCAGCCUCCUAAGACUACCUUCUGGCUCGAGACUUCAUACAGAUUAUUGUGGACUACCUCCAUAUUACGUUUUUCUUCUACUGUUCCUGUUCCCAUUUGAAGAUUCUAUCCUAUUUGAGACGUUUAUGUUCGCAACAAAGAAGAGGAAGUGUUAAAGGCGACAGUUAUUGAUAUGUACCAUACUGUGUGCUGAUUGGCUAAGAUGGCAUAGCACCAUGGGCUACGCCAUACACUAUGUUUUCAAAGUUUUCUGUAUACUUUUCUUUUGCUGCUGAGUCAAGUAAAAGAGGUUAAAG